GUUCGUGGUGCUGAUGCUGCAGGGAGGGGCGUGACGUCACGGGAGAGACCGGUAGGAGGAGGCGAGGAGGGGUAGAGGAGGAGAGGGGGAAGGAGAAGGGACGGAGGAGAGAGGGAGAGAGAGAAAGAGAGAGAGAGAGAGCGGGGGGACAUGACUGCAUCAAAAGGAAAAAACAAACAAAAAACAACAAUCAUGACUCCUGUAAUCCAUCCUACGUUUUCUAUACACGCUAAUAAUGCUCGGUGUGUUUACCUACACAGUAUGCCGCAAUAAAUGACGAGCCACCCCGAUAAGAGUAAGCUGGCUUAGAGAGAUGUCCUCUCCGGGUAUGGGCACCCCCAGUGACCCCCUUUUGGCCAGUCCAGGAGGGAGGUUACCCACAGCUCAGGAAGGUCUCUGGAGGAGCUCACUCCCCAAAACUGCCAGCUUCCCAACGUCCACCACUCGGCACCUCAGCCACCGAGCCAACAACUUCCAAAGACAGCCGAAGCGCCGGAAGCUGAUAAGACCUUCGCCGCCUCCGCCGCCCAACACUCCCUGUCCCCUGGACCAGCUGGAUCUCAGCGAGCUUCCCCCAAGGCGUACUUUCCAAGAGCUGCUCUUCAACGGCUGCGUCCUGUUUGGGAUUGAAUUUAGUUAUGCCAUGGAAACGGCUUAUGUGACUCCUGUGCUUCUUCAGAUGGGCCUACCUGAUCAGUUUUACAGCUUGGUGUGGUUUAUUAGCCCCAUACUGGGAUUCCUCGUUCAGCCUCUCCUCGGAGCGUGGAGUGAUCGUUGCACAUCCCGGUUUGGACGAAGGAGACCCUUUAUUUUUGCCCUGGCUAUAGGCGCUCUGCUGGGUCUGACCCUGGUGCUGAACGGGCGGGACAUCGGAGGAGCGAUGGCUGACACUGCAUCAAAUCACAAGUGGGGAAUUGUCCUGACAGUGUGUGGAGUGGUUCUGAUGGACUUCAGCGCUGAUUCAGCAGACAACCCAAGCCAUGCCUACAUGAUGGAUGUGUGCAGCCCAGAGGACCAGGAUCGGGGGCUAAACAUUCACGCACUACUGGCAGGACUAGGAGGUGGAUUUGGCUACAUUGUGGGUGGCAUCAACUGGGACCAGACACAGUUUGGAAAGUCAAUGGGAGGUCAACUGCGGGUCAUAUACCUGUUCACCAGUAUCACCUUGGUGUUUGCCACAGCCAUGACUCUGAUGAGUAUCCCUGAGAGGGCCCUACCAAAGAACAAAAGCUCCAGCAAAAACCAUCUAAAAAGCCCCAGCCUCCCUCUCCCUCCCUCCCCCCCUGUUCACCCAGGAUCGGCUUUGGAGCUGGACGAGGAAGACGAAGACGGUCUUUAUGGCUAUAACUUCUCAAAGUCUCACACAUAUAACUCUGACCCUCUGGCCCAUUCUUGCAGUGCCAAUGCACGCUUAUGUGCAGGCCUCACUAGCCCCAUAUCGCCCCUGAGCCCCCUCACUCCCAAAUAUGGCAGCUUUAUUAGUAGGGACAGCUCGCUCACUGGCAUCAACGACUUUGCCUCUUCAUUAGGAACCUCUUAUAUAGACAGUGUGCUCAUAAACUGCUACACAGGUCAGCAGACACCACAGGCUUUGGCUCCCAACUCCGCCACUGCACCCCUGCCCCCUGGGGACUCCCCUCCUGCUGACGAGUCCGCACAGGGAGCAGGGAGCAGCCAUCCUGCAGCAGGACACAUCCAGGCUGAUGUUGUGUCUCAUCCGGCUCAGGAAGCUCAGGAUGCAGAAGCGCCACAGCCUGAGGGAGAUGCACAAUCUCAGGUCACAGCUGGGGCUCAGCCUGGUGCAGGGUCACACCGGGGCUCUUCUGCCGGUAUCCUGAAGCGACCCCAGAGUCUUGCACUAAUGGAGGAGCCCAUGGCAACGCAGAUUGUUGGGCUGGAGAAUGGACGCAGGAGAACAGUGACCUUCAGCCAGCAGGUUGCAAACAUUUUGCUGAAUGGGGUGCGCUAUGACAGUGAUCUGAGUGAGAAUGUGGAGACAGGAGAAUCGCAGAUGUCAAUGAAGCUGCUGUGUAUAGCCAUCUACAGAAUGCCUCCCUCUUUGCGGAGUUUAUGCACUAAUCAUUUCCUGGGCUGGUUGUCCUUUGAAGGCAUGCUGCUCUUCUACACUGACUUCAUGGGGGAGGUUGUGUUUGAAGGAGACCCCAAGGCUCCCCACGACUCGGAGGCUUACCAACGGUACAAUGCCGGUGUUAGCAUGGGCUGCUGGGGAAUGUGCAUCUAUGCAUUCAGUGCUGCUUUCUAUUCAGCCAUAUUGGAGAAACUGGAGGAGCGUUUCUCUCUUCGCACUCUAUAUUUUUUUGCCUACCUGGCAUUUGGUUUGGGCACGGGCCUGGCCACACUAUCCACCAACCUCUACGUGGUACUUUCUCUCUGUGUCACCUACGGGGUGCUCUUCUCCUCUCUAUGCACGCUGCCUUACUCUCUGCUGUGUGAAUACUACCAGAGCCCUCAGUUUUGCGGCUCCUCAGAGGAAGGGACCAGACGAGGGAUGGGGGUGGACAUCUCUCUGCUCAGCUGCCAGUAUUUCCUGGCUCAGAUCCUGGUCUCCGUGGCGAUGGGACCUCUGACCUCACUGGUGGGUGGGGCCCAGGGAGUGAUGUACUUUGCAAGCCUGAUGUCAUUCGUGGGCUGCCUGUACUCCUCUCUCUGCGUGGUGUACCAGCUGCCCCCCCCUGAGGGUGAGCCCCCCGAUAGCGAGACCCAGCCACUACUGGUGCACAUUUAGAAAAGCCUCUUAAUUUAAUUUACCUCACACACAAACACACACACAAACACACUUAACGGGCACACGCUCCCACCCUGUCUCUUGGUGUGUGAGUGUGUUGACCUUUACAGCGCUGAUGGGACGUACACGCUUCACUGUACAGCACAAUCCAGAUAUUGUUUCACAGUAAUCAGCACCGCUCUCCUCAGAGCUAGACAGACAGACAGACAGACAUUGGCCACUGCUCUAAUAUGUGUAUACAUGACCGGUGUGUUCAUACAGUGUGUGUGUGCCCAUGCAUUUUUUCCUAACUUUCGCAAACGAAUGUGUGACCUUUUUGAAUGCAGUAUGUGUGUGUGUGUGAGAGAGAGAGACUGUGUGUGUGUGUGUGUGACCUCUUUAAGGGUAGAUAAGCUGUUCUUCUGUCUGAUUUUUGCUGUAAAAUCUUGCAUCAUCUUUUCUCGCUUGUUGGUGUUUAGAAUAGAAAUGUUGAUCACUACAUACAGGCUAACCACAGCUUUCCCCCCUCUUUUUCUUCCUUUUAUCAGUUGCCUAAUGUCUGCAUGAGCUGCAAUGUAAUCUCUCAAAGCCUUGUGUUAAUGUUUUGUUUUGGUCAUACGGCCAAGGGAAUGUCUACCUGCCUGUUUCUCUGAGUUAGCACAUUAGCAUCACACAUGAGGCAGGACUUGUUUUGACUAAAUGAAUGUGCUGCCAGUGUCCACUCACGCUCACCGUUAAAGGCUCCUUCAUUAAUUCAAAAAGCUCUUUAAUUUAGCAAACACAUACUUAAUAUUCACUUGAAGCUGAACGCCACUUAAUCACAGUUACAGUUUUUGAAGGGCUUCACAUUUAAACAGCAAACAACGACGACACUUUCCACACAGUCCAAGCAUUAUGAGACUUGCCAGCGUGCUAUUCCCCAAAUUUCACACUUUGGUGCUGGGUGACUCUUAAUCAAGUCCCAAGUAUGAGUACAAUGCCAAUUAAGUACUUAUUUAGCAUAGAGCCAUGACGAAUAGGAUCACACACAUACACAAGCUCGUACACAAACUUAAAAAAAACACAGAGAAAUGUGUGCUGGUGGCAAAUUGUGUCUGGGCCCUCACUAAGCCAUGGUGCAGCCGUGAGCUGUCACCCUACUACUCCUGGCCAUGCCAUUGUAAUAAUGACAGUGAUUCUUGUCAUUAUCAGGAAGAGGAGAAGUUGAAACUGGGGUGUGAAUCAGCAUUGAGUCGGAAACCGAACAAAACCGGAAGAACCGCAAACAGGGAGAAGACUCAUGUGAACUAUGGGUAACCCUGAAGGUGGACGACAUUGAAAGAAAAAGACUGUGGGGGUUCAUAGAGCCAGCAGCGAGUGCUUAUGUCAUCAUUAGGGCGCAUGCUUAAGGUAGUAGGCCUUUGCUCCACCACGCUCGGCCCAUCAACUCAGUAUCGUGAUAACCUUACUUUAGUCAGCCAGUUUCCUCACUGGAAGUGUCAAACUUAAUUUAUUUUCCAUCCUAAAGAAGCCAUCUUCAGCCGCAAAAUGGUACAUAUGAUUUAUUUUUUACAGCAAACAGUAUGCUUUGUCUGUUCAGCCUCAACACAGGCACAAAGCCUGACUUCAAGGCUUUAAUAAAAGGUUAACUUUAGUAUAUUACCUGUGUUAAAAGCCUACCAUAGUGAUGGUUUCAUUGACUGGUUCACACACUGAAUACUCCAAACAUUAUGGCCAGUCAUAUUUGCUGCCUCUGCAGAAUGUCAAUUGCCUACUAUUUAAGCCGCCUGGACUAAAUGGGUGCACGCCAUGCGAACGUUUCUGAGGAAACAGUGACUGUAUGGAUCAUGCUGUUGCAGCUUGCUUGAGAUAAAAAAAGAAAAAAAAAAGAAAAGACUUUGUGUUAUAUGGUACCACCUAUUGCUCAAUAUUAGCAGUGUUACUGUAAAAGCUACUUUUAUUCAGGGUUCAGUUAAAACUAAAAAAGAUCAUUUUGCCA